CGCCAAGGGGCUGGAGCAGUCCCGCGCCUGCAGCCUCCAGAACCAUGGGGACAGGGCUACGCAGCCAGUCCUUGCGAGGACCACGGCCCUCCUAUAGCAAGCUCCAGGAGCCCUGGGGGAGGCCCCUGGCAGGCCGACUGCGCCGGGCGCUGAGCCUCAGACAAGAGCGUGAGAAGUCCAGGUCCUCAGACGGAGGCCCAGAAAGGCUGGACGCCCCCGGGCAGGAGCAACUGCCAGGGAGCCUGGGGGACACAGAGCAGCUGAUCCAAGCUCAGCAAGAAGGCAGCCAGCGGUGGCUGAGGCAGUAUCAACAGAAGAUAAGGAGAAGGUGGGAGAGCUUUGUCACCAGCUUCCCCAACGUGACCCUGAGCCAGUCGGCCUCCCCACAGCCCUCGCUGGGCACCACCAGCUAAGGAUGCUAGCAGCGGUGGGGGUCCUCGCUGCACCUGGAUGAGAUGGCACGACCUACCUCUUUGUGGCCCUCUGCACUGUGAAUGGAGUGACCCCCUCUACGUGGACUGUUCCCCUUCCUUACGUGGCCCGUUGAGGCCUCUGUCACCAGGACAGAGCUCAGUGAAGCCAGACCCGUGGCUUGAGAGCCUCUGGCGCAUCACCUGGUCACGGGGCCCCAGCCGCCCUUCCUGCCAGCUGCUAGUGGUGGGCGGGGCAUGGGCCUCCCUCCCAGAGGGUGAGCCCAUCCCCAGGGCAGGGACUAUGUCUUGUCGUGUAUUGUCGUGUAUCGUCACUGUCCUCACAGUCUCCCGAUGAAGGAAGCCGAGGAAGCCUUCCCUCCCUGUGCGAAAGAGAGGAAAGCUGAGGCCCAGAGGCAGGAGGGGAUUAUUCUCUUAGGCAUCUCUGGCCCCGCCCCUACCCAAUGCCCAACACUGCGUUGAACACAGGAAUAAAGUUUGC